AUGAACAAACCAUCAGCUAUUAAGGAUGGGAAAGGAACCAGCAAAAUGCAAGGGAAUAAGAUGGAGACAGGGAAACAAAGAAUGCAAGAAAAUCAGGAUAAUGCAGGGUGGAUAACACCAAGCAAUGCUACAAGAACCACAACAUAUAAGGCUUGCUACUUGGAGGAAGAGAUAAGUGAUCAUUGCCCACUAAAGCUAUCAAAUGUUAACUCACCAAGGAGGGCAAAAGCUGCCUUUAAUUUCUGUAAUGUUUGGGCAUCUCAUCCAAACUUUAUAGAUAUAGUUAAGGCAGGAUGGAGGAAGGAAGUUGAGGGAUGCAGUAUGUUUCAAGUGGUUAGGAAGUUAAAAAUGAUGAAGAAGGAUUUGAAGAUGCUGAAUAAGAAGUAUUUCAGCAACAUUAUAGAAGAAGCUGAUGCAGACAGAAUGGCCUUGGCUGCAGCUCAAGCUGAACUUCAUAAAAAUCCAGUGGAUGUGGGGCUCCAGCUAGCAGAAAAGCAGAAGUUUCAAAAAUUCAAAAGAUCAUCAUACUUGGCAGAGGUAUAUCUUCAACAAAGGAGCAAGGCUACCUGGAUCAAACUGGGAGAUGAUAAUAAUAGGUACUUCUUUUCAGUAAUAAAGCACAGGAGGUUGCAGGAAGCAAUUAUCCAAUUAACUUAUAAUGCUGGAGACAUAAAAACUGAGCAGCAAGAGAUAGCAGGAAUCUUUGUAGACUAUUACCAGAAAUUACUAGGGACAAAAGGAAGGUUCAGGGAUCAUGCCAUCCAGGGGUUUCUGAAAAAUGGGAAACAUAAAUGUGACACUAAAAGCCCUGGACUAGAUGGAUAUGGGAGUGGUUUUUACAAAGCAGCCUUGACAAUAAUUGGAGAGGAUGUGAUCAAGGCAGUGCUGGAAUUUCUUGAGACUGGAGAACUACUCACUCAGAUUAACUCUACCAGUAUAACACUUAUUCCAAAAGUGAAGAAUCCCUUGCAGGCAAGUCAAUUUAGACCUAUUGCUUGCUGUAAUGUCAUUUACAAAUGCAUUUCCAAGAUCAUCUGUACUAGAUUGAGGAAAGUUAUUCCAAUGAUUGUAGCUGAUAAUCAAGCAGCUUUCAUUGAAUAA